CCCUCUCCCCUCCCGCCUCUGCUGUUCCCGUGGGAGCCCGGCCAGCUGCCCAGGGUGGCCGGGCCUUGGCUCCGCCGGUGAAUGGGAAGAAUCCAAUUUCAGUUGCUAUCUCACAAAUUAGCAUACUGCUCAUGGUGGCAUGCCAAUUUCUGAAACCUUCUUUUUUGUUAGUAUAAGCUGCUCAUGCUUGACAAAAACUUGGUUUGCAUGAUUGGUUGACCUAUCCGUUUGCUUACAUGAGGACCUGUCAUGACAAAAUUUUGCAUGUGAUCAUGUUUGCGUUGUGCCCACUGGCUGUGGUUUCACAAAUGAUAAAGUUUCAGUUUUGUACAAUUUUUUUUAAUAAAGUCCUGUUAUUUGACUGAUUUCACAAUGGUAAAUUUUGAGUCUUGUAUAAUUUGUCUUGUACAAUUUUGAUAGUGUGUUUUUUAUCUGUUCACUUGAAGUUUAUUGGGAAUACCAUUCACUCUAAUUUUCACAUGAUUGUCCAGAAUUCCAUACGCAAUGCUAGGCAGCAUUGUAUAUAUUUUAAUCUCGUUCUGAACUUUUGAAUCUAAAUUUCAAAAUUAUUGAUUUGGAUUAUUUUUGGUAGAGACAACAAAAUAUGGAUUAUUGUGAUUUGAAAUGGAGUUGUCAUGGUGUUUGUAUGGAAAUGUAGAAAGAAAUACAAGAAUGGAUUAUUGGGGACAGGAUAUUAGUGAUCUGCAAGAGUAUCUCCCCCAAUAAUCCAAAGAGUGGUAUUGGGCCAGCCUCAUUACCACCUUAUUGAGGGAGUUGUAUUAGAGAGAUGCUGGAGAUACUCUAACCCUAACCACAUCCUCCGUGGUCCCCAUCCCACUAUCCCAGCUACUGCACGCUGGACGCUGUCUCUCGACUCUUUCUCGACUGCUAUUUCCCCUUCUCCCGUUCACAGGCGAGGACACAAGACAAAUCUGCAACCCUCUCCCAGUCUCCUGCAGUCCGACUCAGCCCUCUCCCAUCUCCUGUUAGGCCGCUCCCGCUUCACUCAUCACUCAUGGCUCACCUCGUGCUCCCAAGACAGCAACAAACUUGGGUUGCGGAGGCAUGGAGCCCUUCGCAUCAGGCGGCACCCCUGUGCUGGCUCCUCAUCUCAGGCGUUGAGUCAAGCUGCAGGCCACGCCCGGCGUCCCCCUACACCUUCACCUGAGUCCUCACUCCUCAGUCCUCCAAAGGUGAAGUGGUCUAGCUUCCACUAUGGUUCUAAGCAGCAAUAUUUCGGUUCGGAAAACUUUAUAUGAGGUUUUAUCUGUGAGUGAAGAUGCUACAUAUGAUGAAAUCCGUGCAGCAUACAGGUCUGCUGCUCUGACCACACACCCUGACAAAGCACAUACAACUCUCGAGUCGUCUGUGCCUUCCAGUGAGCAACAAGAAUUUUUUAGUGUGCAGAAAGCAUGGGAAAUCCUACGCCACCCAACAUCUAGAGCAGACUAUGAUAAGCAGCUGCAAUCAUCCAGACAGAACAUUGAGAUCAUCGCGUCUGAAAUCGAAGUCGGGGAUAUGAUCAUCGAGAGCACUGCUGAUACUCUAGUGCUGCUGUACCCAUGCAGGUGUGGUGAUUAUUUUUCCAUCACUAAGUGUGAACUUAGUGGGAUGGGACAUUUGGUCAGUGGAGAUGGAGAAGUAGAACUGCAGGCGUCUGAUUCUGCAUCAGCUUCCAUUGUUCUGGGCUGUGGCUCUUGUUCUCUGAAAAUAAAGUUGGUUAUAAAUGAAACUUCAUGAUACAUUUCAGACUCUGGCUGUACGUUGUUCAACAUUCAGCAAUGAUCACUUUAAAGUUUAACAGCCACGACAGUUUCUCAAACAGUCCUAGUCUGCUGAAAAUAGUGCAGCUUAACCUUAUCUGUUCUUAUUUCUGGGAAAUAUUAAGUUUGGAACCUGAUGGUGGUUGCAUUGUGAUAAAUGACGGUUUUGACCAUUGUAAUCAACUAACCACCACCAUUGUCAAAUCCAGCUGCUGGGAACUUUAAGAUUUCUCGGUGGUGGUUAUUCGGUAGAUCUUUAGUUAAUGUUGUUUAUUUAUAGGCCGAUUUAAUGGUCUCAUCUAUCAGUCAUUCACCUAAACAAUAGCUAAAUGAAUGCCUGAUGUUUUUGAUAAUUGAUUGUAGUAGUUCCUUGAUGAGAAACCAGUCGUGGUUGCGGCCGUUGCCCGUUCCUGUAUUGAAUAACUUCUUGUGACUGUAUCUGUACUGCUAAGCAUGGACAACAUACCAGUCGUAGAAGCAGAACGGCUGUGUAUCUUAUAAUUAUUAGUGGCAGAGGAAUGUUUCAGCA